AUGAAAAAAUUGGAAUUAAUAAACGUGAAAAAAGAAAUAGCGUGCUUUGUUUGCUCACGGAAUCUUCACUUGACAAACAUCGCUGCAUUACGCUGCGGUCAUACAUUUCACCCUCAAUGCAUUUCACCGCUCGUUAAGAUUGAUAAGAAAUGCCCGAUGUGUAAGAAGGAAGCUGAAGAAGAUAGCAUUAUUCCACGUCUAUUUGUUGAGAUCAAAGAAAAAGACGACGAUAGUUCAAACAUCAAUGAUACAGAAGAAAGGGAAAUGUCAACUGAGAUUUUGGAUGCUUUAGAUGAAAUGGAAGUACAAAUCAGACUCAUUUAUGUGCAGAUUAAGCAUAACAUAGCACUAAUGGAAAUGUUGAAGAAAAGAAUAGAAAGUUGUUUUGAAAUUUGGAGAUGGACACUGUGA